AUGGUUUCGAACGCCCAUGCAUGUAUAUACUUGCCGGAAAACUAUUGGGGUUUGGGAUUAGAAUUUGGGAUUUGGGGCAAAUAUCAUUAUGUUUGGGAUAGGGGAUUUGGUACAAUUUUACUAUGUUUGAGAUUUGGGGGAAUUUCGAGAGCUUAUGGCUUGAGCAGCGCUAAUUCCGAGCCGGUGGUCAUGGGUCAGAAUUAG